AGCAAGUCAAUAGCAAUACUCAUGACCUCAAUCCUAGCUGAGAGCCUGGGGAUCCUCUGGUCCGGCGGCCGCGGCAAGCAGAAGAACAAAAACAAAGAGCAAAAUGGAGGAGACAAGUGGGAGAUCGUGUACUGGGCGGCGGCGCCUUCCGAGGCCGCGCGGAACUCGUCAAGCUCGUCUUCGCCGCGGCGGACGUAAAGUACACGAUGCAAGGGGAUGGGAUCCCCGAAAUCAUCGCGGCGUACCCCAAGGAGCCGACGCCGGUCGCGACGAUUCUCGCCAAGACGCCCAAGCACUUUGCGCCGCCGAUCCUGCGCAACACGGCUACGGGGUUCGAGCUCUCGCAGACGCCAGCCAUUUUGGAAUACCUCGGCGAGAAGUUCGGCCUGGUCCCGCAUUCGCCCGAGGACAAAGCCCGGGCGCAGCAAGUAACCCUCUCGGCCUGCGACUUCCUCGCCGACGGCCGCGCGCCCUUCCACCCCGUCAAGCCCACGGAGUCCUACUCCGUCCAGAUGGACGAGGCUAAAGUCGCCGUCGCGGAAUUUGUGAAGGACGGAGGACGCCUGGACCGCUGGCUCGCGCACUUCGUUACAUUAAUUGACAAUAGACCGGGCGGCCGCUACUUGUUUGGAGACACGACCACCUACGCGGACUGCGCGCUCUUCCACGUCCUCGACGCGGCGAUGAGCCAGUUCCCGGACGCCUGGGACGAGCCGUCGCGCGAAAAGCUCCGCGCGACGCUCGAGCCGUACAUGAAGCUCAUCACGAUGCACGUGACGCUCGGCGCCUACCUCAAGGCCGACGACCGCGCGCCCUGGGCCGGCGACUCGAUGAUGUAA